AUGGAGCGGACCAUCCUGGCGGGGCAGGGGCAGCAGCUGACUCUUUGCCGUGGGGUGGUGGCGGUGUCCGGUGAGCGCGUGGACCAGGCGGCACGCCGUGGCUUGGGCGCGGUGCCAAUUGAGUGGCAGCGUGCGCGGGAGAAGCGAGAUGGGGACGGAUUUCACAUCACCUUCUUCAGCAAAGGCGACCUGCAAAUCCUGCAGCUCCCAGAUGCGACUCCAGCAGACCCGGCGGCUGCUGCUUCCGCGGCGGCCCAGCUGCUGGCGCAGCUGCCCUGCUGCUGGGAUUGGGUGGACCUGGGUACCGGCAGCUGCCGCGACGGAGGCUCCGAGAGCCGCUUCCGUGUGCUGCUCUGGCCCGCCGCUGCGGAGCUGCGCCGGAACUUGCAGCUGCCUCCCAAGGAUUUCCACAUCACCUUGGGCUUCCAAAACUCCGACGUCCAUAGCAAGGCCAAAGGCCUCAGCACGCUUUCUACGGCGCCUGAGGUCCAGUGCCUCCAGGCGCUGGUGGCUUUGGCGCGGAAGCUGCCGGAGACGGAGGCGAUCUCCUUGGCCGAGACGGCGCUGCAAGGGGCCACGGCGCACGCGGACGCUGAGGCGGAGGCUGCUGCUUUAAGAGCCCUGUGCCUGUGCCACGGGCGUCUGAAGCAGCCCGACCAGGUCCUCACCUACGCGGACCAGUUGCUGCAGCUGGUCCCCGCGGACGCCUCGGCGCGCCGCUCCAAAGGCUUCGCGCUGCUGCUGCUCCAGCGCCAUCAGGACGCCCUCGAGCAGCUGAAGCUCGCGCAGGCAAUCCCAGAGGAGGAUGAGGCGGAGGCGCGGCGGGUGGCCCAAGCUGUCGCCUUCUGCUGCAAGAAGCUGGGCCUGGAAGGUCCAAGUGCAGCGGAUGGCGCCGGCUCGGGUUACAAGGAAGCGCAGGCUUCUCCAGAGACCGUGGCAAAGGACAACUACCCAAAGACCCCGCAUCUGCCAUUCUCGCCCGGCGUGAACCCGGAUGACACGCAGAUCUCUGAUUGCCAACUGCUCCUCCAGGGGGAGGUGGUUGUGACAGAGAAGCUGGACGGAGGCAACUGCUGCAUCAAGGGCGGCCAGGUCUACGGGCGAACCCAUGCCCAGCCGGCCAGCCACGAGUCCUUCUCUGCAGUGAAGGAGCUGGCGGCGAACUUCGCGAGCGCGCUGGAAGAUGUCCAAGUCUUCGGGGAAAACAUGCAGGGGAUACACAGCAUCGAGUAUACGAACCUGGAAAGCUUCUUCUACGUCUUCGGGGCACGGGACGCGCGCGGGUGGCUGAGCUGGGACGAGACCGUGGCGCUCGCGGAGCGGCUGGACCUGCCCACGGUGCCGCUGGUCUUCCGUGGGACCUUCGCUUCCGCCGACCAGCUCCAGCAAUGCCUGGAGAAGUGGAAGCAAGAGCCCUCUGCGGUAUCAGAGCGCCAGACGCCGGAAGGCUUCGUGGUGCGUCGCAGUGCUCGCAUCCCAGCGAAGGCCUUCCAGGAAUCUGUCGCCAAGUACGUGCGCGCCAACCACAUCCAAACGGAGGAUGCUUGGAAGCGGAGGUGGAAGAAGGCCACGCUCGGCACGAGACUUCAACCCAGACUGCGGAGUCUGGAGCCGGCAGCGGCGUGA